AUGGGUCUCUCCUCCCAAAUGAUCCCCAUGCUAGUCUGCUUACUGGCAUGUACCAGCAACUUCGUCCAUGGACACAAGGGUGAUAUUACCUUACAAGAGAUCAUCAAAACGCUGAACAUCCUCACAGCAAGAAAGAACUCGUGCAUGGAGCUGCCUGUAGCAGACGUCUUUGCCACCCCAAAGAACACAACCGAGAAGGAAACUUUCUGCAGGGCCGCGACUGUGCUUCGGCAUAUCUACAGAUACAAGUGCUUGAACAACCCCCUGAGGGGACUUCACAGGAACCUCAGCAGCAUGGCAAACAUGACCUGUUCUGUGAAUGAAGCCAAGAAGAGUACGUUGAAAGACUUCUUGGAAAGGCUAAAGACGAUUAUGAAGGAGAAAUACUCAAAGUGUUGAAGCUGAAUAUUUUAAUUUAUGAGUUUUUAAUAGCCUUAUUUUUAAAAUAUUUAUAUAUUUAUAACUCAUCAUAAAAUAAAGUAUAUGCAGA